AUGAAGGGCCUCAGCUACUACUCAGACUCGGAUGAGGAGGAGGCCAAGGAAGGAUCUGAUCCGACAGAAGAGCCCCGACCGGAUGUGCCAGAGGGCGAGGGCUGCGAGGGACAAGGCCUACAAGGCCUACAUCAAAGUAAGGCACCCGCACAGGAUGGGGAGGAGAUGGAGGCAGAGUUCCAUCUCGAUGCCUCGACGCCGUUUGGCAAGGUGAUCGACAUUUGGAUCGCGCAGUCUGCCCGCACAGGCGAUGGUCCACCGCCGGAGUACAAGGCCGAGAUUAUGCAGGUCUAUGAGAAUGCACCGCCUGAAGGGCGCGAGCAGAUGCUGCGCGACAUGCGAGACAUGGUCAUUAAGCAGGCAGACGAGCUCGAACAGGAGGCAGAGGAGGCAGAGUUUGCAGAAGAGGCCACGGAUGGUGCACACGGCGGGCAGGACAUGCCCGCCCCAGUCGUUCCGGAGGAGAAGCUUCAACAGCGGAGCUGCGCGCAGGACAUGCCCGCCCCGGUCGUUCCAGAGGAGAAGCUUCCAAAGCGGACCUCGCCGAACAAGGCGGAAGUUCCCAGCGACUCCCGGGUGCCUCCGGUGGACGAUUCCACACCCUUUGAAGAGGUCAUCGAUGUGUGGAUCGCGCAAUCUGCACGGACGGGUGAUGGCCCGCCCCCCGAGUACAAAGCCGAAAUCAUGCAGGUCUACGAGGAGGCCCCGCCGGAAGGACGGGAGCAGAUGCUGAGGGAGAUGCGGGAGAUGGUCAUCAACCAGGCGAAGGAACUGGCUCAAGAGACGGCGGGGACUGCGAGGAGUGCGAGCCCGACUUCCCGUCGGACUGAGAAGGCGGUGCCGGCGGUGCCGAGUCAAGUUGAGGAAGAGGCACGGCUUGCAGCAGAGAAGAAGGCAGCUUUGCUGGCACGUAUGGGUGUGGUUCCCGGACCUCCCCCUCGAGAUCCCGAGCCGCCCGAGGCUCCCGCGGAGGAGCCGCCCGAUCCCAAGACAGUGCGCGUUUUCUUUGAAAUCGCGGUAGAGAGCGCAUCGAUCGGACGCAUUGAGUUCGAGCUGUUUUCUGAAGUCGUGCCACGAACUGUGGAAAACUUUCGCUGCCUGUGUACGGGUGAGAGGGGCCGCAGCCCGAAAACCCGGCAUCGCCUGAGUUUCGAGGGCUCCGUCUUCCACAGGAUAAUUCCCGGCUUCAUGUGUCAAGGUGGGGAUUUUACUCGAGGUGAUGGCACGGGUGGCGAGUCCAUCUACGGGGAGAGGUUCAAUGACGAAAGCUUUGACCUCAUGCACAAGAAGGGGUGUCUCUCCAUGGCCAAUUCUGGGCCUAACACGAAUGGAUCCCAGUUCUUCAUCUGCACCGCCGCGACGCCCCACCUUGAUGGCAAGCACGUCGUUUUUGGCCAGGUGUUGACGGGCUACGACGUGGUGGAGAAGAUGGAGGCCCUGGGCCAUCGGUCCGGGCGUGUGGCAAAGAGGGUGAGCAUCCUGAGCUGUGGCGAAAUUCCCACCGAGCUCUCGCCGCCUCCGAAGGUCGCAAGGGUCAUCGACGUGGCCCCCGCGGCGCGCCUGGCCUGCGAAGGGGAGGUUGUGGGUGGAGGCCUUGGUCUCUUGGGGCUGCUGCAGGAGGCGGACACCCUCCAGGCAAACCAGGCGGCGAGCCUUCCGCCGGCUCCGCAGGAGGAGCAGGGGGAUCCCGAGGAGGUGCACGUGCUGCACAUCCUGCGCAAGCACACUGGCUCCCGCAAGCCUAAGAACCGUGGGGGCCAACCGAUCACCUGCAGCCAGCAGGAGGCUGAGGAGUACCUCGAAGAGAUUGCCAACCAGUUGGUGGGCCUCCCAGCGGACAAGCUGCGGCAAAGUUUCGCGGAGCUGGCGAAGUCUGAAUCGGACUGCGCGUCCGCCAAGAAAGGUGGCGACUACGGGCGCUUCCGGCGGGGUCAGCGGGAGCAGGCCUUCGAGGAUGCAGCCUUCGCGUUGAAGCUGGGUGAAGUCUCCAACAUCGUGUCCACUCUGUCGGGCGUGCACUUGAUUUUGCGCGUGCCGUGA